CGUUGCACGAGGCUUUCGUUCACACGCAAGAAGCGUUCUAAAUAUAUGCGCAUCAAAGCACUGGAAGCAACAGGAACCAUCUGGUACCACUGCUGACAAGCACAGCUGAAAGUAAGCACAUAUUUUCGUUGAGGGGACAAAUGAUGCGGUUGUUAACAUGGCCCCUGCGCGUGGCGCUCAAUCUGGUGCGAAGGGUCAGAAGGGUGCGUACGAAACAAAAACUGAUCAUCCUUACCUUCGUCUCCGUCAUCCUCUACGUGCAGAUAUGGCGCCAAGGAAUACCUGCCGAGUUCAAUUUAGCUUCUUCGAUUAACUUCGGCGGUAUCACCGACGAGUCGACGACCGACGCCAUCGUUUGCACAGAGUACCCGUUCUACGUCGACAUAACUAACGGCAAUGUCCCGGUCCUAAACAGCGCUGGACUAUUUCGUGACCUCAACACGAAGAUGAUUUCGUGCGGAUACAGAGAGAUCACGAGUAGACCGCGAAAGCCGGAUUUAUGGCAGUACGAGAAGUCAGUUGCCAUCCGCUACAACAAUCCAAUACGUGUAGCUCAUUACCUGAUUUCCUGUCACUAUUUCAGCACCUUAAUUCAACGGUUCGAAAACCACCGCUUCGUACUGAACCCCGCAGAAGAGCGUCAACAAUGCAGUCCGCAGUUUGGAAGAAAACGCGUACCCAGUGUCAUAAUGAUCAGUCUCAGUUCUGUGUCGCGCGAGAGCAUGGAACGUCACAUGCCCGUCACUCGAGACUUUCUCCUGAAUACUCUGCGAGCAUUCGAGCUCGAAAACUACAACCAAGUUGGAGCCGACUCUUUCGAGAACCAGCUGGCCUUGCUGACGGGCGUGGCAACUUCGAAGAGCGUCAGCAAGCUUGACUUCGUCUGGUCACGCUUCGAGAACGUUAGCUACAAGACGUUGUACCUCCAGGAGUCGCCCCAUGAUGGCCUCUCCGGAAUGUUCGCGUUUCCUCCGACGAGUUACUACAUUCAGCACGUCGUGGGCGCUAUAGAUAAUUCCGUCCUGAAGAAAGAAGUCGGCCGUGGAUAUUGCAUAGGCGACAAGUUGGCUCUGGAGUUCUACCUGGAGUACGUGACCUCUGUGGCUCAGAGCGACUGUCCUUUAUUCGCGUACGUCGCAUUAAACGAAGUGGCACAACGCGACGUGAACUCUGCGAGAAUCGUCGAUCGACCAAUAGCGAGUUCCUUGAAAGCGAUGCGCAACGCUGGCGUGUUUAACAACGCGGCAUUGGUGUUCUUGAGUGAUCUCGGCAUGCGGGCAGGGCGCAUCAAGUUGACGCAUCCAGGCCGCUUUCAAGACAAUCAACCGUUCGCCUUUCUGGCGUUGCCUCCAUGGAUCUCUCAUCAAAUGCAGGUUCCCGACGCUAAUAGGAGGAGGCUGACGACUGCCUUCGACGUACAUGCAACUCUGCUGCACCUGUCGCAGUACCCUUCCAAGUGGGCCCCUAGUACCCCCCAUGGGGUGAGCCUCUUUCGAGAGGUUCCGGCGCAGAGGACGUGCGAAAUGGCCUCCGUGCCCAUCCUCUACUGCGCCAGCGCUUGUCUCUUAACAGUGAAUACUGCCGAACCACUGGCCACCAGCAUUGCGCUGUUCGUUGUUGAACAGGUGAAUAAACUAACCGCCACCCAUCUACCAGGAAAGUGUCAGCCAUGGACGUUCGGCAGGGUACGUGACAUCCACAAAUGCUCGUCUACUGUCUUGAAGUCCGACUACCGUCUGAGUCUCACCGUGUCGCCAGGCAACACGGUCUUCGAAGCGACUGUCCGGGUGAUGCGUAACCAGUCGAAACUCAGGCUAUCUUUGCUCGACCCAGUGGACCGAAUACUCGUGCGACCUUGGAACACUUUCUGUGCAGCGGGUCAUCCUAGUGAGAAGUACUGCUACUGCAAGACAAGACUGUACUAACCGUUGCGAAACGUGUCGUUUCUAAUGUCAUUAAGCGUGAGCGGCACCAUUAAAUCGCAGCAAUAUUUC